AUGGAGGAUAGUAAUUUGCUGGGAAUAAUGAGGAAAUGUGCCUGGACUCAACAGGAAGAUGAUAUUCUGAGGCAGUGCGUUGAAAAGCAUGGAGAUGGAAAGUGGCACCACGUUCCUCGCGAAACAGGUCUAAACAGAUGCAGGAAAAGCUGCAGACUGAGGUGGUUGAACUAUUUGAAGCCGAAUCUCAAGAGCGGAGAUUUCACAGAGGAUGAAAUAGAUCUAAUCCAUAGACUUCAGAAACUUUUGGGAAACAGGUGGUCAAUAAUUGCUGGAAGACUCCCAGGAAGAACAGCAGGCAAGGUAAAAAAUUAUUGGAAUAGCAAGCAACGAAAGGAGUUGGAAUAUAUGAAGGAUAAAUCCAAAGAAAGAACAAAAGCCACAUCCGUCAUAAGACCUCAACCACGGAGGGCUAGAGUUGCAAUUUUUCAAUCUGAAGAGAACUGUAGCAGGUUAUUGCAGACAUCAUCACCACCUACAGAAAAUGCAACUGAUUCAUGGAAGACCAUGUUACAGGAUACAGACAAUGUUGAUGAAAGACCAUUUUCUAGUUUAGGGUUAGAGGAAGACCUCUUCACAAACUUUUGGAUUGACAAUAUUGCACAAUCGAAAACGGUAGGCGUGAAUUCGGCUGAUGAAGGGUUACACAUGAGUGGCAGCUUUUUGUUUAGGGAGAACCUGUGGAAUCUAGAAGAAGAGAGAACAAAGAUUUAG